CUCUCUCAAAGAAAGGAAGUCGGGGAAAGGAGUCAGGAACCCUAGCUUCUUCCUGCAAGAAACCCUUCUCGUUCUCUUGAAUUCGCCGGAUUCUCAUUCUCUAAACCCACGUACGUCUCUCUCUGCACCGUCCAUCUGGUGGGCCUUACCCUCAAUCGGCCACAGUUCAAGAUAGCACAAAGCUUUUGCAGAGGAGAAAGAGAAGAAACAAGAAGGAAAUACAAUAGAUUUCUCUGUCUUGAGAGAGGCCAUGGCCUCAAAAUCCUAUGACAAGAUCGCUGAUUUAUGCGACGAUCUCCUCCUCCAGGUUGCGGCGGAGGGCGUCGUCUUCCAAGAAGAAUGGCCCUACGCAAUCCAUCUUUUAGGUCACAUCUACGUUAAUGACAUUAACAGCGCCCGGUUUUUGUGGAAAUCCAUACCUUCAGUGAUUAAAGAAAACAAGCCAGAGAUUGUUGCGGCUUGGAAAAUAGGUCAGCACCUUUGGACGCAUGACUAUGCGGGCGUUCAUGAGGCUAUUCGUGGGUUUGAUUGGAGCCCAGAAGUUCAAGGGCUUGUAACGGCAUUCUCAGGCAACUAUACCAAGAGGAUGUUCAAGCUGCUUUUGUCUGCUUAUUCGACCAUAAGCAUCGCUGAUACGGCUCACUUCCUUGGAAUGAGCGAGGAGGAUGCCACAAAUUAUGCAUUGCAGCAUGGCUGGAGUGUGGACCCUGCUUCUCAAAUGCUGACUGUGAAGAGGCAGCUGGUUCUCACGGAGCAGAAACUAGAUCACAGCAAACUACAGCGCUUAACCGAAUAUGUCUUCCACCUAGAGCAUUGAUCUCUUCCUCUAAUACCCCAUAAUUUAGUUAUUGACAGUGCAUCAGGUUAUCUUUCAUCAUCUUUUUCUUUUCUUUUUUCCUUUCUUGUUCAUGAACAGAAUGGGAAGAAAGUGCAUAGAAAUUUACAAUUUCUGCUCAGGGUUGAACUUGAAGAGCUGUCUCUGCUGUAAUGCAGCUCCAUCUGUCUGAAACUGUGAAUGGAAGCAGGAUUUUCAGUUUGCACAUAUCUCACCGUUCAAAGACAGUGGACGGGAAUCCAGCAUUUAAGUGUUUUCACUUUUGGACCAGAUAGGACAGUUUCAGAAGAGAAGUGUGAUAUACCCAGCAUUCAUAUUUGUACAAUAUACAUGGGUUUUCAGCUCUGAUAGUGGGGCCCAUGGUUAGGUAAUCCAGAACAUGGGUCAUUUGUGUCA